AUGAUGCUUGUCAUUAUGGCCUCUGUUCAAGCUAUUCAAGAGUAUUUACAUGCGCGACCUACUGUCUACAAGCGCUUCCCGUCACUCCCCACCACUAAACCAAGCCCAGGUCACUCUCUGACAGUCAGUAUGAUGGUAUCAACACUUUUUGGCAUCUCGAUGGCUUUAUUGGGUAUUUAUACCACUAAUCCUCUGCCCAAUAGCCUCGCCGUUGUCAUCUUUCGUCUUGUUCUCACUCUCGUUGUCUACGACUUUGGCCUUUACAUAGUGCAUACAAUGCAACACCACUUUGGUCCCUUCAUUCCCUUUCAUCGUGAGCAUCACGGUGUUAGCAUGUAUGCAACAGAUGUGACCAAUGGCGCUCUCCCCGACUUCCUCGAAGCAUUCAUACCGCUCCUGAUUGUUCCCGCUCUUCUCAAAUUCAAUAUUGCCGAAGUGUGGGCCAUCGCGUUUGCGCUGCAGAUCCAUGGCGCGAUUGCUCAUGCUGGAUGUAGUAUGCCUGGACUUGACUGGUGGGACUUUGUCUUGGUCGGACCACGAUUUCAUGCUGCUCACCACGUUUUUCAUCGAGGCAACUAUGGUACAUUGUUCAGUAUUUGGGAUCAUGCAUUUGGAACUGCCGUGUCGAUUGAAAAGUCAGAAACCAAGUUAUGGAAGGUGCUUUCCAAAAACAAAUGA